AUCAGACAAAGCAUUAUUAGCUUACAUUACUUUUUAGCUUGAUUUCAGCAAAAUGUCCUUGAUUGAUGCUGAAGCUGCCACCAUUCUUGGUAAAAAAAUUACUAUUAACAAUGAAAAAAUAAAUCAUAUUGCAACUGAUAUUCAGAAUGGUCGAUAUACCAACGUGAUUAAAAAUAGCAUCGUCUUUAAGGACUGUCAACAGGAUUCCACAUCUUUGAAGGAGACAGGUGACAUUGAAGCCUGGUUGUCCAACAAACUUUCUUCCAUUUCUUUAGACGAUGAGCUCAAUCGAAUCGAUGUUCUUAUGACUGGUAUCGCCUGUCUUAAUUCAUUUGUUCAAGUUAACUGGACAGGCCCUAUCUUGGAUUUUUCAGUAUCCGAACUAUUCCUUGGACAAAACGAUGAUCAAUUCGAAUCUACAUUACAUAAAGCUUGUCUCAAGACCCUUUCAGUCGAUAGUGAAGAAGUCUAUCAUCUUACCCAGCAAUUAGCUCUGUUAGCCAUCGCUCGUACUUUAUUAUAUGCUGUUCGUGGUAUCACUUUGACAGGCUCCUUUUGGGCUAUGCGUUCCACAUUUAUUCAACAACAGUUAUUAGACGAAUUUACAGGUUCUCUUCAGAAUGAAUUAAUGACACUUGCAAAGGAAAGCACACAAGAUAUAGAAGCACAAAAUGAAUUGGAUAGUGAUACACUUGAAGGAUUAAAGAUUCGUCAUGAGCUUGAGCUCGGCUUGAUCUAUAGUUUCUUUGGGCAAGAUAAGGAAGCCUUAGAAAAGAUGGAAUCUGCACAAAAGGAAUCAGGUUUUAAUUGGUCAUUAACCGGUUCCCUCGGUCGUCGUACUAAAUUUCAAACCUUUGAUGUCUCUCAACUGGUCGUUUUGGCCGAAAGUAAGAAGAAGAAAAAGGAGGAGGAGGAUAACGAUGAGAUAGAAAAAGAGAGUGAGGAAGCGGUUAAGCCUGAAACAUUGGAUUUAAAUGAUGAUACUCUUUUGGAACGUAUUCAAUUUAGUGAGAAUGAUAAAAAUAAAGCAGAGAAUGAGAAACGUCAUGGUAAUCUGAAUAUCAUCGAUCAAUGUCUUUUACUUGCCUUUUGUCUCAAUGUAAAAAAUACAAACCCUGAACAUGGUAUUACCACUGAGCAAAUGUUACCUUAUGUGACUCGUGUACUUGAAAAUGCAAAUAAUUGGAUGGUUCAUACAAUGGGUUUGUUAUUACGUUCUCGUUUAGAAGCCAAUAAAGGUCGUACGGUCGAACGUGCUGCACUUCAGUUACAGGCUCUGGUUGAUCAAAUCAAGGUUGAAGAUUGUGGUGUUGAAGAACGCCUUGCGUAUUUUUAUGAUCUUUUGUUACCUAGUAAAUGGGAAAUGGAACGCGAGCUGGCUCGUCGCUUUGUUUCUCUUGGUGUUCUCCGUUCUGCUGUUGAAAUCUUUGAACGUCUUGAAAUGUGGGAAGAUGUCAUUUCUUGUUAUCAAAUGAUGGAACAACCAAAGAAGGCAAAGGAUGUCUUGAAACGUUUAAUGGAAGAAAAUCCCAAUUCACCCAAGUAUUGGUGUAUCUUGGGUGAUCUGGAAGCUGAACCUGAGCAUUGGCGUAAAUCAUGGGAGAUCUCUAACCAUCAUUACGCUCGUGCUAUGCGUAGUUUGGGCUCCUAUGAAUAUAAACGACAAAAUUAUGAGGCUGCUAUCGAAUGUUAUCAAAAGGCACUCGAGAUUAACCCUCUCUUUGAAGGCUCCUGGUAUAUUCUCGGUUGCGCUGCCAUGUUUGUUGAAAAAUGGGAUAUCGGUGCUCGUGCCUUCCAACGUGUUGUAUCCUUAGAUGAUGAACAGCCUGAAGCUUGGAAUAAUUUAGCUAGUAUCUAUAUUAAACAAGAUAAAAAGACGGAUGCAUUUUUAGCUUUGAAACAGGCUACUAGAAUUAAAUAUGAUAGUUGGAAGAUGUGGCAAAAUUUAUUAUUCGUAUCUAUUGAUGUAGGUCAAUUUGCAGAUGCUAUUUAUGCUAUGCAACGUGUAGUUGAACUUCGUUGGGAUAAAGCACGUGAUAAAGCAGUGGAUAUUGGCGUCUUGCGUAUGAUUGUUGAAAAUGUGAUUCAAAAUUGGAAGGACCCUCAUGAUCGUGAUGGUUCUCGUCUCUCUGUACAUGUACAACGUUUAUUAGAAGAUAUUAUCUUGAGUCGUAUCACCAAUUCUCCUGAGAUUUGGAUGAUUUGUGCAAAAUUCUAUUUAUGGCAAGGCAGAUAUGUAGAUGCACUUGAAACAUCUAUUAAAGCCUAUAGAGCAGUUAUGCAUGACCCUCGUAUUGAAACUGAAGAAAGUGUAUUUAAUGACGUUGCUACUAUUGCCCUUGAAACUGUAGAUAUGUAUGAAAAUUUAGGCGACAAAAAGCAAGAUGGUGCACCUGUUUGUGCUGAUUGGCGUUAUCAAUCUCGUCUUAUCCUUAAGGGUUUGAUGGGUAAAGUACGUGACAUUUUUGAAGAUACCAAAUCUUUUGAACAAUUACAAGAUCGUAUGAACGACUUGAAGAAUGCAUAAUAAAUGUAUAUAUAUACAUAUACAUAUAUGAAGAAAAAUCUCCUCAUUCCUUAAUAAUAUAUAUAAAAAGAAAAAAAAAAAAAAA